UAUACACUUCACCUGAAAGCACUUCCAAGGUUGAUUCUCAUACCAAUAUGCGGUUAGGUUUUGCCUAUGAAAAAGGUUUAAAUAAUGAGCAAGAUAUUGUACUAAACUAUGUAACGAAUGAUACCACAAAUGAUAUUACGAAUAACAUAACAAAUGAUAACACGAACGAUGCCAUGAAUGAUACCACAAGCGAUGUUACUAGCGAUGCUACAAGCGAUAUCACAAGCGAUGCCACAAGCAAUGUUUUAGAUGAUACUAUGAAUAUGAAUAUCGUAAACAAUAAUGUGAACAAUGCCAUGAACAAUGUUGUGAAUAAUGCUGUAAAUACCGCUGUGAGCAAUGCCGUUAAUGAUGCUAAUGACUAUUUUUUAGUAUCAGACGAUGAUCAGAAUGAUUUCAAUAUUAGCAACACUUGGAUUCAGACCUCUGGUUUUGGAUUUCAAGUUUUUCGCAAUGAUAAAGACUCAGACAAUCCUUCUAUUACUUAUCGCAAGUCUUUUCAUUACUUAUCAAGUAGAAAAUAUAAAGCCAAAAAAAUCAAUGAUCAGAAUUUGCAGCGUUUGCAUAGUAACAUGAAAACCAACAAACACAGCCAUAAAUUAAACCCUAAUCAAGUAGCUGAUAUAAUUCUUCGAUAUUAUCAGUUUAAUGAUAAAAUGAUUCAAGAAUUAAAGUUUUUUACUAGCUGUAAAUUUAAUGCUGGCGUACAAAGCACCCAAAAUGUAGAAUCAUUUAAUGGCAUUAUAAAAAAAGCCUUAAAUAGCGCUAAUACACUUUGUGAUGUUAAAAGAAUAAUCAAUAAAAGACACGAAGAUGAUUCUCAAUAUUCUAGGCUAAUUGAUCUUAAGGAUCAAUAUAUGACUAUUGGUCUUUCAUAUAUUUUAUCUCAAUUUUUUUCAAGUGUUGAUGCAGUUCUUGUUCAGUUUUUAAUGCCACCUGUACAAUCAUGGCAACGAUUUCAAAUAUCCCAGUCAUUUACUUAUAAAGGUUCAUUGGUUUCAUUUCCUAUUAAGGUUCCAGAAUCAGAAACUAUUAAUGAUAAUUUUAUAGAAGACGUAUUUGAUGAACCACAAGCAACUUUACAAUCACUUUUAUGUAGUAUAGAAUCCAAAAAAAUAAUUGAAACUUGGAGAAUUCAUUAUAUAGGUGGACUUUCACGUAAAGAGAAUUUGACAGCCAUUAAUAUUGCUUUAGAAUCUAAUAAAGAUUCUGAAUUGGUUCAACUACUAAAAAAUUUUAUUGCAACAAAUCAAAAUGAACAUAAAGACGAUACUGAAAAAACUGAGAAUAAUGACUCUAAGCAGAAUCAAGAUACUGUUACUAAACUUCAUGGUGCUUCUCGCAAAAAAAGAAUUAAAGCUAUUACAGAGAUAUCAAAAGGAAGAGCAUUAACUGAAAUCACAAAUAUCGUUCAAGAAGCUAAUCAUAGUGAGACAAGCUCAAAACAGCAAUGCAA